UCCUACCCGCUUCCUUAACAACAAACACAGCUGCAAGAUCCAAAGUGAUAAUCUAACACAAUACAGUCACCUUUUCGGUUCUUUUUGGAGUGUACAAACUAAAAGAAGACGAAUGUUUAGGUUUAGUAAUCGGACCCACGAUCUGAGGACGGAAGUGCAGUUUUAAACAGGUCUGUUUGUUACUGAAGAAGCGACAAAUUACUUCAGAUAAAAUCCAGCAGCAGAACACGUAGAAACAUUUUACUUCAUCGAGGCAGUCGGUGUCAUCCGUCAUCUUUCAGGAAGCAGAACCGUGAUGAGUCAUUUGUUUUUCCUGGCCGCCCUCCUGUCUUCACCGCUGAAGAGCGUUUGAAACGAUCCUCGAAUCGCUGCGAUGGACGAGGACUCCCCGACCUUAAAGCCCAGGCGCAUCCAGAAUCAGAACGUGGCCCAUCGUCUCGAGAGGCGAAGGAUCUGCUCUGGUCGGCCUGGAGCUCACUGGUACCGAGUUCGCUGCUUCCACCAGAACUUGUUCCCUAACUUCACUGUGGUCAAUGUGGAGAAGCCGCCUUGCUUUCUCAGGAAGUUCUCACCAGACGGACGUUACUUCAUCGCCUUCUCCUCUGACCAGACGUCUCUCGAGAUCUAUGAGUACCAGGGGUGUCAGGCGGCUCAGGACCUGCUGAGGGGCCAGGAAGGAGAGACUCUUUCCACCGCCAACGACCAGCGCUGCCUCAACAUCCGAGGCAGCCUGUUUGAGCGUUUCUUCUCUCUGCUCAGCGUUACUAACGUGGCCUCAAACGGAGAACACCUGAACCGGGAGUGCAGCCUUUUCACAGACGACUGCCGCUACGUCAUCGUCGGGUCGGCCGUUUAUGUCCCCGAGGAGCCGCCGCCAUAUUUCUUUGAGGUGUAUCGCAACAACGAAUCAGUGACUCCGAACCCUCGCUCUCCUCUAGAGGACUACUCUCUGCACAUCAUCGACCUCUUCACUGGCAGACUGGUCGACACCAGGUCCUUUAAGUGUGACAAGAUCAUUCUGUCACACAACCAAGGUCUCUACCUCUACAGGAACAUCCUGGCUGUGCUGUCGGUGCAGCAGCAGACCAUCCACGUGUUCCAGGUGACUCCGGACGGGAUGUUUCUGGACGUGAGGACAAUCGGUCGCUUCUGUUACGAGGACGACCUCCUGACUCUCUCAGCUGUUUACACUGAGACGCAGGCAGAGAGCCAACCCGGCUUCCCUCGCCUGUACACCGACAAAAUUAUCAACUCACUGAAGCACAGGCUGCUGGUCUACCUGUGGAGGAGGGUGGAGCAGGACGGCAGCGCCACGGCCAAGAGGAGGUUUUUCCAGUUUUUUGAUCAGCUCAGAAGGUUGAGGAUGUGGAAGAUGCAGCUGCUGGACGAGCAUCACCUCUUUAUUAAAUACACCAGUGAAGACGUGGUCACGCUCCGAGUCACAGACCCGUCGCAGCCGUCGUUCUUCGUCGUGUACAACAUGGUGUCCACUGAGGUGCUGGCCGUCUUCGAGAACACCUCGGAUCAGCUGCUGGAGCUCUUCGAGAACUUCUGCGACCUGUUCAGAAACGCCACCCUGCACAGCCAGGCGGUCCAGUUCCCCUGCUCCGCCUCGUCAAACAACUACGCUCGGCAGGUCCAAAGAAGGUUUAAAGACACCAUAGUGAACGCCAAAUAUGGCGGCCACACAGAAGCGGUGCGUCGCCUGCUGGGGCAGCUGCCCAUCAGCGCCCAGUCGUACAGCAGCAGCCCCUACCUGGACCUGUCGCUCUUCAGCUACGAUGACAAGUGGGUGUCUGUGAUGGAGAGGCCCAAGACCUGCGGAGACCACCCCAUCAGGUUUUAUGCUCGAGACUCUGGCCUGCUGAAGUUUAAGAUCCAGGCGGGCCUGCUGGGACGGCCGGUCAGUCACGCCGUGCGCCGCCUGGUUGCCUUCACCUUCCAUCCCUUCGAGCCUUUCGCCAUCUCUGUCCAGAGAACCAACGCGGAGUACGUGGUCAACUUCCACAUGAGACACGUCUGCGCCUGACGAGAGCAGGACGACAUGUCCUCACAUCUGUUCCGUCAGUCUCCGUCCUCUCCUCCGCGCUGCUCCUCUGUUCCUUCUGCAUCACGCUGCAAGCUCUCCAUCUCUGCAAGAAGUCACCAAGUGGGACCUCCUCAGCCCCACUUCCUGUGGGGAGGAGAGGAUGAAACGAGUGGAGAGACGGCGGUGGGAGCUGCUGGGUGGAGAACAAACAGAGGAUUUGGUUUUUCC